CUCCAAUCGUACCCCAGGAUUGGGUUGUCCGCCUGCGGGGUGAGUGCUUGGGGCAUGGGCAGGUGGGGAAUGUCAUGGGGACCGUGGACAUGAAGUUGACUUGCGCUUUUGAGAAGGUCGCGCGGCGAUCGGGUGAGGGAAAAGAAGAAAAAGGCCCUAGUUGUGUGCGACGACAGCUGAUGGUGUUGUGCAUUGCUUCCUUUCCUCCUUCAAACGCCGAGGUCUGAUUUUCAGAGGCGCUCGCGACUUGGUAUAUCACACCGACACCUCAACAACCUUUCUUUAUCCAUCUUAAGAGAUUGCAGAUACUUUCAUCUCAGUCCACCCUCACUAUGGAGGAAAAACCAGCCCAUGAAGAGCGCGCCUUUCUUGGCCCUCCCGAACCUGUCGAACAUAUGUCCAUCGGCCACUACGUUGCGACACGAGUCCCAACGCUGAAACCUGUGAUGGACAAGGUUGAAAACCCUUUCAAACUCCUCGCCCUGCUUAAUCUCCAGCAAUGGAUGUUCUUCCUGGUCGCAUUUUUUGCCUGGUCCUGGGACGCUUUCGACUUUUUCACCGUAUCUCUUACCGUGGAAGACCUUGCCGAAUCAUUCGGUAAGACCAAGACGGAUAUCACGUGGGGGAUUACCCUCGUAUUGAUGUUGAGGUCGGUCGGAAGUAUUAUAUUUGGAGUUGCAGCGGAUCGGUGGGGCAGGAAAUGGCCUUUCAUUAUUAACAACAUACUGUUCAUUGUAUUGGAAUUGGGGACCGGAUUUUGCAGUACGUAUGAGUCUUUUUUGGGGGUUCGUUCUUUGUUUGGGAUUGCCAUGGGCGGACUAUACGGCAAUGCUGCAGCGACGGCGCUUGAAGAUUGCCCAGAAGCGGCUCGAGGUAUCAUCUCCGGUAUGCUGCAGCAAGGAUAUGCGUUUGGAUAUCUGCUAGCCACGAUUUUCUCGCGUGCGUUCGUGAAUACGGUGGGACACGGUUGGAGGCCACUCUUCUGGUUUGGUGCUGGCCCUCCGGUCCUCAUCAUCCUCUUCCGUCUCUCUCUCCCCGAAACUCAGGCCUAUCAGGAGCGUCAGCGCAUCCGAGAAUCUACACCAAAUGCGGCGAAAGUGUUCCUUGAAGAAGGCAAGAUUGCACUGAAGAACCAUUGGCUGCUUCUGAUCUACAUGGUGCUCCUAAUGGCUGGGUUUAACUUCAUGUCCCACGGAUCCCAAGACCUCUACCCAACCAUGCUCUCGACCCAGUACAACUUCUCCCCCAACGCCGUCACUGUUACGCAAGUCGUUGCUAACCUUGGCGCUAUGACUGGCGGCACAGUAAUCGGCUACUGUUCUUCCAUAUUCGGUCGCCGCUUCAGCAUCAUCUUUAUCUCCAUCGUAGGUGGCGCGUUGCUUUACCCUUACUGCUUCGUCGACAACACCAAGAUCAUCGGACCAGCUUUCUUCGAACAAUUUUGCGUGCAAGGAGCUUGGGGUGUUAUUCCAAUCCACCUUAUGGAGCUUUCUCCAGGUAGCUUCCGUACCUUUGUAGUCGGCACUUCCUAUCAACUCGGUAACCUCGUUUCUUCAGCAUCUAGCACCAUUGAAGCGACCAUUGGUGAGAGGUUCCCGCUUCCCCCUAAAGGAAAGGUCAAGAGAUACGAAUAUGGUAAAGUCAUCUGCAUCUUUAUGGGCUGUGUCUACGCCUACGUCAUACUUCUCACCUUCAUUGGCCCGGAAUAUAGGGGAAGGAAGUUCGACGUCGCGCAUGAUAAUGAUAUGGCGGAGGCCACACAUAGGGACCAGGCAGCGAUGAAGCACGUGCUUGAGGGGGAUGAAGAGAAGGGGCAAAGGGGGAGUAUCCAAGAUAUCAAACAAUAAGUGAAUGCAGUAGAGGUUAUAUGAAACAUGGGGAAGGUGGAGGUGGAAAAUUGGGAGAGGGAAGGUAAGUUGGAAUGGGAUGGGUGAUGUACGAAAUGGGAGCCUUUGGAAACGUGAAGUGCGAACUGCCACCGGCGUGAUACAACGUAGUAUAGUGGAUGUGAACUGAACCUAUGAGGCGAAGCCACUAAAUCUCCUACGCCACAUGAUGGGCGCCCAUCAUACUGCGG